CAAAAACCAGUUCCCCGGAGAGGAAUUAACCGAGAGCGAGAGAAUUAAAUUCUACAGACAAUAUAUAGUUUUGAAAUCCGCAAUUUCGCUUGGCUGGUCAAGCGGCCGGUUAUCAUCGCUCGUCCCAAACAGUUGAUCUACAAAAGCGGCGGUGUCAACAACGCAAAAAAGUGAAACCAAAUAAAUUUAAAGCAUCCAACUCUGAUCCCUGGUUUUAAUCGCCGCCGAAAGGUCGCAAUCCAACAAAGUUGUAGUGCAAAAUGUGGCUGACCCUGAUCACUGGCGCACUGAUCUUGCUCCUGACCUGGGACUUUGGACGCAAAAGGCAGCGAGUUGCUGCCUUCGAAAAAUCCCAGAUCCCGGGACCUAUUUCGAUCCCAAUCCUGGGUUGUGGGCUCCAGGCCUUGCACCUGGGAGCGGAGAAUAUUAUCGCCUGGGUGGGCGAACAGUUCGACAAAUAUGGCAAGACGUUUCGCUUUUGGAUCUUAGGCGAAUCCCUGAUCUACACAAAGGAUCUGAAGUACUUCGAGACCAUCCUAGCCAGUACCACCCUCCUGGAAAAGGGUCAGCUCUACCAAUUUCUGCGACCCUUCCUAAACGAUGGUCUAUUGGUUAGCACGGGUAAAAAGUGGCAUGCCAGGAGAAAGAUUUUCACCCACGCCUUUCACUUCAAAGUUCUCGAGCACUAUGUGGAGAUAAUGGAUCGAAAUAGUGGGGUGAUGGUGGAGAAUCUAAGAAAGUGUGCCGAUGGUAAAACAGCAGUGGACAUGCUUAAGUGUGUUUCCCUGGCGGCUCUUGAUGUGAUAACAGAGGCCGCCAUGGGAGUCCAGGUGAAUGCCCAGAACGACCCCGAUUUUCCCUACAUAAAGGCGCUGAAGAGUGUGGUCUAUAUCCAGCCGGAUCGCAUGUUCAAGUUCUCGCAGCGCUACGACUGGCUGUUCCCGAUGGCGGCCCCCUUGUUGCACCGCCGACUUCUGAGCGAUAUACGCGUCAUGCACGACUUCACCGACAAGGUCAUCCGCGAGCGGCGAGAAACUGUGGAGCGGGCGAAGGCCGACGGCACCUACAGACCGCUGAGUCUGGGUGAUGAAGAAAUCGGUCGAAAAUCGCAGAUGGCUCUGCUGGACAUCCUCCUCCAGUCGACCAUCAAUGAUCAACCACUAACCGAUGCCGAUAUUCGCGAGGAGGUGGAUACCUUUAUGUUCGAGGGCGAUGACACCACCAGCAGUGGUGUUUCCCAUGCCCUAUAUGCCAUAGCCAGGCAUCCCAAGGUUCAGGAGCGCAUCUACGAGGAGUUGCAGCAGGUUCUGGGAGAAGAUCCCCACGCUCCAGUGACGCAAUCCCAACUGCAGGAUCUUAAGUAUCUGGAUUGCGUUAUCAAGGAGACAAUGCGGCUGUAUCCCCCAGUUCCUGCCAUUGGCAGACACAUCCACAAAGAGCUGAAGAUUGGAAACAAGAUCAUUCCGCCCAAUACAAGCAUUUACCUAGUUCUAUACUUCGCCCAUCGGGAUCCGGAUUAUUUCCCGGAUCCCCUAAGUUUCAAGCCAGAAAGAUUUUUGGAUGGCGAAGAGGAAAGCCACGAGACCUUCGCCUAUGUGCCCUUCAGUGCUGGGCCCAAGAACUGCAUAGGUCAGAAGUUUGCCGUUCUGGAAAUGAAAUCCCUGAUCAGCAAGGUCCUGAGAUUCUACGAACUGCUGCCCCUUGGAGAGGAGGUCAAGCCCAUGAUGAACUUUAUCCUGCGCUCAGCUUCGGGCAUUAAUGUGGGUCUUAGACCCAGAAAGUUAUAGUACUUAACACUUAUGCAGCAAUUCAGGGUUUCGGUUAAAGGUAACUGGGAUAUUCGUGAUAUAUAGUACGUAAGACUCUAUUAUCUAAUCGUUAAGUACUUAAAAACGUGUUAAUAAUUAAAAUAUAGACUCUUUUGUUACAAAUUUAUAAACAACAAUCAUCUGGGGUAUUUAUAUUAUUUGCUAAAUUAAAACUAAUUAUAAUGGAUUUGUUCAGUGAGUAAUAAUAAAUAAAAACUUAGUUACUCCAGGGGUGAAAACCUGUUGAUCGUUUAUAAA